AUGGCGAGCACCAAAGUCCAGAGGGUUAUGACUCAGCCCAUUAACUUGAUUUUCAGGUUUCUUCAGAGCAAAGCACGUAUUCAGAUUUGGCUGUUUGAGCAAAAGGAUUUGAGGAUUGAAGGCCGAAUCAUUGGUUUUGAUGAAUACAUGAAUUUGGUUCUUGACGAUGCUGAGGAAGUGAACAUCAAGAAGAAGAGCAGAAAGACAUUGGGGAGGAUCCUUCUUAAAGGAGACAACAUAACAUUAAUGAUGAGCAC